GAAGAACAGGAGAGAAGCAACAGUGUGGACUGAAAGGGGAAAAAAACGCGUUUUUCUAAAGAACAUGUAAAUUCCCCCCCCUUUUUUUUCUGUUUUUCUAAUUUUCUCUAUUUUCUUCACAGACUAGGGUUAGGGUUUCGGGAAGCAAAAAUUAUCUUCAGCUGCUCUGCAACUUGAAUUCCUCUCUUUCGAGAGAGAGAGAGAGAGAGGGAGAGGGAGGUUUUCUUUAUUGGAGGUCUUGGAGGUUAGGGUUUUUGUCAGCUUUUGUUACUUCAAUUGAGAGAAUAAUGCGGUUGUUCUCUCGGAUAAGAUGGCGUUCGCUUCGUGAGACCCUCCAUGUGUUAUUUCUGUUCUGGAUUUUCUCAUUCUCUUCCGCUGAUGCGGUUGAUUCCGAUAAAGCGGUGCUACUUCAGUUCAAGAACUCUGUCUCGGAUCCUUCAGGGCUUCUCUCCCGGUGGAGUUCUGGUGGCGGUGCUGGUCCUUCUGAUCACUGUUCUUGGUUUGGCGUCUUCUGCGACUCCAAAUCGAGGGUUCUAGCUCUCAAUAUAACGGGAGGCGGAGAUGGCAACAGCGUCGGAGGUAAUUCGGAAGCUUUCUCUUGUUCCAAGUUUUCUCAGUUUCCGCUUUAUGGGUUUGGAAUCAGGAGUUGUUCCGGUGGCGGUGGAAAAUUGGGGGGAAAGCUAUCGCCGCUUAUCGCGAAGCUCACUGAGCUUAGGGUUUUGUCGUUGCCGUUCAACGAUUUCACCGGUGAGAUUCCUCUUGAAAUCUGGAGCUUGCAGAAGUUGGAAGUGCUUGAUCUCGAGGGAAAUUCGCUCUCUGGAACCUUGCCCCUCGAAUUUGGAGGCCUGAGGAGGUUGCGGGUCCUUAAUCUCGGUUUCAAUAAGCUUGCGGGGGAGAUUCCUGCCUCGCUUUCUAACUGUGUGGGCUUGCAGAUUUUGAACUUAGCUGCUAAUGGACUGAAUGGGACGAUCCCUCAGUUUAUUGGCAGUUUUUCGGAGUUAAAGGGGCUUUACUUAUCUCUUAAUCGUCUGGGUGGGUCUAUUCCUGCUGAGCUUGGAAGCAACUGUCGGAAUCUUGAACAUCUUGAUCUUUCUGCAAAUUUACUGGUCGAUGUCAUUCCACGUAGUCUGGCGAAUUGCAACCAGUUGCGGUCUCUGCUGUUGUUUUCCAAUAUGUUGGAAGGAACCGUUCAUCCUGAGUUUGGCCGGCUUCUGAAGCUUCAAGUGCUUGAUGUGUCGAGGAACAGUCUUAGCGGAACUAUACCUUCAGAACUUGGUGGUUGUGUCGAAUUGUCCGUCGUCGUUCUCUCAAAUCUGUAUGAUCCCCUGACAGACGUGAAAAAUCUAACUGGGGCGACUUCGUUAGGUCUGUCUAGUCCUGCUUAUGAUGAUUUCAAUUAUUUUCAAGGUGGCAUCCCUGCUGAAAUUGUAAACCUCCCAAAGCUCAGAAUUAUUUGGGCUCCAAGAGCAACGCUCGAGGGCAACAUUCCUAGCGACUGGGGUGCUUGCAACAGCUUGGAAAUGGUUAACUUGGCUCAGAACUUCUUCACUGGAGAGUUCCCAAAUUUGUUUCGACGCUGCAAGAAUCUUCAUUUUCUUGAUUUGAGCUCAAACAAGCUGACGGGAGUGCUUGAUGGAAACCUUCCAGUUCCUUGUAUGACCGUAUUUGAUGCAAGUGAUAACCUCUUGUCAGGAUCCAUCCCUACAUUCAACCAAGGUAGUCUUUGUCCCCGGAUACCCUCGUUGAAUGCUUAUGACUCAUCCACUGCGUACUUGUCCUUUUUCACAAGUAGAACUCGGACUAGAAGUCCCUUGCCAUCUCUUGGAGCUAGUGGCAGUCUUGCCGUUUUUCACAACUUCGGUAUGAAUAACUUCACUGGUACCCUCCCAUCCUUGCCACUUGCACCUGGAAGAAUAGGGAAGCAAACUGUGUAUGUGUUUCUUGCUGGUGGGAAUAAGCUGACAGGACCAUUCCCGGGAAACCUGUUUGAGAAGUGUGAUGGUUUGAAUGCAAUGAUCGCUAAUGUCAGCAACAAUAGGAUGUCUGGUCAAAUUCCUGAGAACAUUGGUACAAUGUGCAGCUCUCUAAUGCUUUUGGAUGCCUCGAGGAACCAAAUUACUGGUUCAUUACCCCAGACUAUUGGGGAUCUGUAUUCUCUGGUUAGUCUUUACUUGGGUUGGAACCAGUUGCAAGGUCAGAUUCCAGAACGUCUUGGUCAUCUGAAGGGUCUGAAGUAUCUCUCUUUGGCUGGUAACAACCUGACUGGCAACAUCCCUUCCAGCUUGGGGCAGUUGCGGUCCUUGGAAGUGUUGGACCUUUCUUCAAAUUCACUCUUAGGUGAGAUUCCAAAAGAUUUGGUGACCUUGGAGAACCUAACUCAUCUUCUUCUCAACAACAAUAAACUCUCUGGGCAGAUCCCACCUGGUUUGGCUAAUGUGACAUCACUUGAUCAAUUCAAUGUGUCCUUCAAUAAUUUGUCUGGGCCUAUUCCAUUGAAUGAUAAUUUAAUUAAAUGCAGCAGUGUCCUUGGGAACCCUUUUCUUCAGUCUUGCCACAUAUUCUCUCUAACUGGUUCGUCUUCAGAUCAGCAGGGAAGAAACGAGGAUCCACUAAAUUAUACAGCUCCUCCACCAGGAGGUGUGGUCAAGGGAAGUGGAUUCAGUUCUAUUGAGAUUGCAUCAAUAGCUUCUGCAUCAGCCAUUGUUUCUGUUCUUUUCGCUCUUAUUGUUCUCUUCAUAUACACCAGAAGGUGUGCCCCAAGGUCCAGGAUCCGAGCAGCUGGAAGAAAGGAGGUGACAGUAUUCACUGACAUUGGAGUUCCACUGACUUAUGAAAAUGUUGUGCGGGCCACAGGUAGUUUCAAUGCAAGUAAUUGCAUAGGGAGUGGAGGUUUCGGGGCCACUUACAAGGCUGAGAUCUCUCCUGGAGUUCUAGUGGCCAUAAAGAGGCUUUCAGUUGGACGUUUCCAAGGUGUUCAACAAUUCCAUGCAGAGAUCAAAAUCCUAGGGAGGAUGCGUCAUCAGAAUCUUGUCACUUUGAUAGGUUACCAUGCAAGUGAAUCAGAGAUGUUCCUGAUAUACAAUUAUUUACCUGGUGGAAAUUUGGAGAAAUUUAUACAGGAAAGGUCCAAAAGGGCUGUCGAUUGGAGGAUACUACACAAGAUUGCUUUAGACAUAGCCCGUGCACUUGCAUAUCUACAUGAUCAGUGUGUGCCACGCGUUCUCCACCGCGAUGUCAAGCCUAGCAAUAUAUUGUUGGACAAUGACUAUAAUGCCUAUCUAUCUGAUUUUGGGUUGGCCAGGCUUCUGGGGACUUCUGAAACCCAUGCAACUACUGGUGUAGCAGGAACAUUUGGAUAUGUCGCCCCUGAGUAUGCAAUGACUUGCCGUGUAUCUGACAAGGCCGAUGUCUACAGCUAUGGUGUGGUACUCAUGGAAUUGAUCUCAGAUAAGAAAGCACUGGACCCAUCCUUUUCUUCUUAUGGGAAUGGUUUCAAUAUCGUUGCCUGGGGAUGCAUGCUUCUGCGACAAGGCAGGGCUAAGGAGUUCUUCACUGCAGGUCUAUGGGAUUCAGGCCCCCAUGAUAAUUUGGUAGAGACAUUGCACUUGGCUGUUAUGUGUACUGUUGAUUCAUUGUCGAUCAGGCCUACAAUGAAGCAAGUCGUUCAGCGGUUGAAACAACUACAGCCACCCUCAUGCUAGCUAGGUAACAGGUCAUCAUAAUUUGAUUUUAACAUUCGUUUGACAUUUUAGAAGGUAAAAAUUGAGUUGUAAUUUGUGCUCUUGCACUCAGUCCCAAUUGUUGGCAUCCCCUGAGAUUUGGUUUCUGAGUUGUAUUUAUUCCUUUUUUGUAAUAUAUUUCCACAGCUAUUUUUCAAAGCUCUUCUCUGAGGGGAAACCCUGCUAAAUGAAUCUGCAGAAGAAUGCAGAUUUCCGUCCUCUUAAGUCUUAAUGGACAAAUUUUUACAACUCUGUUGCA